CGAUAAAUAUAAAUGAUGUAUAACAUUGAUUUUUUUGUCCUUUCACCAGUCGUUAUAUGUAAUCCAUGUUCGUUUACCCAAUGUUGCAGAUACCAUUUAAAGUUCUCGUUGAGAGGAUGCCGUGUGAUUAUGUGUUUAUGAUUUGGGUUCCCUGGACACGUGAUCCAUGACGUGUCACGGGGUCAAGAGGGAGGCGACGUCAUGCAAAUGGCGGACGGAGUAAACACUGCGGUGCUGUGUCCGGUGCGGUUAGUACGUGAAAAGAAAUGACGUCUAUUGAGUGCGAGCGCUUGGACAGUUUGGACGGAUGGGUGGCAAUAAAAACGGACGCCUUCGAGGAAAGCGAAACCUUUAGGCUGGGCUUUAUCGUGCAGUGGAACGUAAUAGAGUGCAAGUUCGCCGUGACUUGCCACAACAGGACCCUCCAGCGGCGAAGGCGGACGGAGGAGCCGACCCCUGGCGACACUCAGACCAGCUGGGCCGGCCUCUUCUCUGUCAGCGACCUCCGAAAUGUCCACCGGCAGUUCACCGGCGUCAGCGACUUGCUGGAGCCGCACUUCCCUGACCUGUCAGCCUUCGAGGGUGGCAACAUAUGGGACCUCAUCUUUCCAAGCCGGGUGUCCGGCCCGGACGAGUCCGACACGGACCUGGAUACGCCGUGCCGCCGGCUGGAGCGGUACUUCAGCGCCGCCGUCGACGUCUGCGGCCGGAAGAUCGUGCUCGAUUCUUUAUUCGUCCAAGACGAACGGGACGUGGAAGAAUACUUUGAAAACUUGCAGGAGUUUAAGAGAAGGACCAUGCAGGACCAGAUCGACAGAGCGAAAGGUCUCCUGCGAACGAUACUCCAUCAGCACAGGACCACUGACAAGUUGGUCGUCCUAUUAAAGAUUUAUGAGGAAGAGGAUGAGGCUUACAGAGAAUUAGUUACCGUGGCAACACAUUUCUACCAGUACCUGCUGCAGCCUUUCCGGGACAUGAGGGAGCUGGCCAUGCUGUAUAAAAUGGAGAUCUUGAAAUCACUGGAAUUUGAUGACUUGGGUCCCAAAAGAAUAGCUGAUCUUGAGAGAGAAGCGGAAGGUUGGCGAGAACGGGCAGAAGAUGCGGUGAGCUCCAUCCAAGACAUCACAGUCAACUAUUUUGUGGAGACGUCAAAGGCGCUGGCAGGGAUGCUAAAGCAGAUGGAAGAGGACAGGAGACGGUUUGGACAGGCUUCCUGGUCCUGUGCGGCCCCCAGACUGGAGAGGCUCAAGUUCAUGCUUGCUAAGGAGACCCUGCAGCACAUGAGGGCCAAGGAAAUGUGCCUUAACCGCAAACGAGAUGCCAUCAAGGAGAAGAUGGGGGCUCUGGCUGAGCAAAGGGAGAGUAUCGAGUCCGUCGACGGCCUGGAGCUGCAGUAUUACGAAGCCCAGCUGGAGCUGUACGACACGAGGUUUGAGAUCCUGAAGAACGAGGAGCUGCUGCUCGUGGCCCAGAUCGACACGGUGCGGCGGCAGAUUAAAGAGAUGAAAGAAGAGGUGGUCUACUAUGAUGCCUGCGAGGACCCAGAGGAGCUGCGGGGCGAGGAGCAGGCCAGCCCUCUGCGGGACCCUGGCACCCCCACCAUCAUGGCUCUGAGCCGCCGGUUGCAGCAGCUGGAGACCAAGAGGGGAGCCAUCUGUUCAAGGAGGGCGUACCUGCGCAACAAGAAGGACCAGUGUGUGGAUGUUCACGAGCAGAAGCAGCGGCAGGCGCAAGAUACGGCAACACGCUUCCACCAGCACCACACUGUCCACCUGAAACGAGAGCUGAGGAGAGAGGAGGAAAAUAAGAGAAAGGAGUGGGUGGACCUGGAGCGGGAGAGGACUCUCAGAAGACUGAGGUCCUUCAGAGAGAAGAGGCAGGGCCAGUAUGUGUUGAAGAGGCCGUCCUCAAAAGCAGCUAUCGGUGAUUCCCAGCCUGCAGACCCCCCUCAGCCACUGUCAAUCGUCAGCCUAGCCCCCCCAGGGAGCCCCCAGGUUACUGCAUCCCAGAAGUCACCUAAGAGGAAGGGUCCGAAGCCCAAAGACAUCCCGGUCCAGAUCUUCACUCCCGCGGCGCCGCCACAGGCUUUCACUCCUUUGGCCCCCCCUCCUCCUCCUCCCCCUCCCCCUCCUCCACCUUUACCACCCCCUCCCCUACCGCUCCCACGUGCAUCACCCCAACAAGGUCCUGAGCUGCUGGACACGCCCAUGCCGCUUCUCUCUCAAAAAGAGGCCUCGCCAUUUCCAGACAGGACCACACUCAAGCAAAACAUCGGCUCCAUGGACGAGGUGCUGGCCUCCUUGCAGAGGGGAAAAAUCCAGCUCCGCAGGGUGGAGGCGAGGGCCGCCCCGGCCACCGACGUGCGGGACAGCAUCCUGUCUGCCAUCCGCCUUGGGGUGAAGCUGCGUAAGGCACAGCUCCCACUGGGGCCCCAGGCCUCUCCGGGGAGCCAGGCCUCGGAGCUGGAGCUCAGCAUUAAGGCCGCCAUGCAGCGGAUGAAGAAAGUGUCUGCAGAUUCGGACGACGAGGCCGGGAGCGACUCCUGCCAAUCGGGAGACUGGGACAACUAAGGCAACAAGCUGCGUCAUGCCAACUUACACGUGGUUCAUUUUUUUUUUUGGCUUCUUUUGGGGCUUUUUUUAUAUUUUAAAGUGAUUUUAUAAGCAUUUGGAGAAUAAUCAUAAUAGACCAUGGAAGGCGAUAUUGCUUGCAUUAGGCGGCCUUGACAGUAGGAUUGCAGUCUUGUAAAAACGGAAUUACAGCAGGACAGAAAACCUCUUACCAAGCUGCUCUGACCAAGAGGAUUGGUUAUAUGUAAACCGUUGUCCCUAAUCCACAGAUAUGCUUUCAGCUGUUUUAUAAUCCUUAUCAUGAGAUUGGCUAAUUCUUAAUACGGCAGUAGAGCUCCUUUAAAAUGGUUUUCCAUGGCACUUACCUGCAUGUGGCUUCCGUGGUCUUCUGAUGGAAGGAAACGUGGUAAAGCCCACUGCACUGAGUCCAUUUUUCUGCCUUUUUGGUUCCUUUCCCUGAUUUCUGUUUCAAUAUAGUCAAGGAAAAGUACCCUGCAGUGUGCCUGACAAAAUUGCUGUUUGAGCGAGAAAUAGCAGCGUUUUCAGAGAAUGAAGGACUGUGUGACAGUAUUAUGUUAGAUACCAGCCCAAAAAAUAUAUAUAUAUAUGUAUACAUAUUUGUUACGGGGAUGCUUUCAGCGUCUCCACUGUGAUUCUAUACAACCUCCAUUGGGUAGAUGGGCACUUACUUAUACUGCCACCUAGUGGCUGGCUACACAGUCCAGUCACACUGCGGAGCUGGUGUCACCAUGGUAAUGGGCACACGAGCCUAUGUUGAGCAGCCUAGUUCUGCUCCUGUGUAAAUGGAUGUCAGAAUCACUUUGUUUUUCUGGAAAAUGCGGUCUUGAUGGACAGAGAGUGGCAGAGUGCAAUAAAGUUUCUGAACUGGC